UAUCUGAGAGUGAGCGGCGCUAUGGCUGAGGAAAAGAAGGGUCAAGUUGCCAAGAAGGGCGCGAAGAAAGCGGUGAAGAGGGCGCCAGCGAAGGGCGGCAAGAAGAGGAGGCGGUCCAGGAAAGAAAGUUACGCCAUCUACAUCUACAAAGUGAUGAAGCAGGUUCACCCCGACACCGGCAUCUCCUCCAAGGCCAUGAACAUCAUGAACUCGUUCGUCAAAGAUAUUUUCGAGCGCAUCGCGGGGGAGGCUUCCCGCCUGGCCCAUUACAACAAGCGCAGCACCAUCAGCUCCCGGGAGAUCCAGACCGCCGUGCGGCUGCUGCUGCCCGGGGAGCUGGCCAAGCACGCCGUGUCGGAGGGCACAAAGGCGGUGACCAAGUACACCAGCUCCAAGUGAGGGACCGCAUUGCACUGAAACAAACACACAUCCACAACCCAAAGGCUCUUUUAAGAGCCACCUACAAUUUCUCUGAAAUAGCUGGACAAUUAUGUUUCUGGGUUUGUACCAUUAAUGUCUCUGCGAGGUUUGUAUGUUGUAAAUGUUCUAUAAAGUGACAGCUGACCCGGUGCGCGCCUUACUCUCAGAUGUGAUCAUGUAUAUCCUGUGGUCCCUGCCUGGGGAGAGAGAUCAUCAUAAACGCCACUGAGUCAUUUUUCAGCUGAUUUUAUGUGUCCGUGUUCCUCUGUUAUUCGAUCACUUCAGGAGUUACUAGCCCCGAUGGGGCACGAACCCUGAGUUUCACCCCCAGAAAACGAAGUGCCCCGAGUACCGACUAGCAAAAUAAACAGGUUCCCUUGGAGUGCGAUUUUACUUUGUUUACUUUUCAUUUCCAAAUCUCCGCACUGGUAUUGUCAGGUUGCAGCGCCGGGCAAAAUGCACCGA